CCGCCACAAGGAGAAGUUCUGUUGAACCCUAUACUCCGGUAAUUUGUAAGUUCUGGUUUUAGGAUUUGAUUUGAUUGUGAACACAUUUGAGCUAAAAAUCAUCUUUAACUGUUUUCUAUUUUAAAACAUGAUAAACUCUAAACAGUGACAGGACUGUUAGAAUAUAAGAAGAGAAAAAAAGAACAUUUUUGGUGAAAAAUAUGCUUGUUUCUCGAUAGAAUCUAGUGAAUUGAUACAACGAAGGAAGGAAGAAAAGAUGGGACGGAAAAGUUAAAAAACUUCUCCAAGUCCAACCUUUAGCAUGGGAACCCAGGAGACCCCAACACUGGGGUUCGGAGGAAGAAUUCUUCUUCUUCUUUUCUCCAGAUUCGCUCUCAUUCAAGGAUCUACGCCAGUGUCGAGCUCCCUAACUGCGUCUACUGACAGUACGAUCAGCCUGGCCUGCUCCGACGUGACGGAGAACACCUAUGUUCUCCUCCUAGAGUGGAAAUGUGAAGGAAUCUGCUCAACACAGGGUUCUUCAACCCUUCUCAAGUUUACCAGAGGACGCGGAGUAACUGAACAAAAGGAUCCUAGGUUCAACCUGGAUACUCAGAGAUUCGAUCUGAACCUUACUGCUCUCAGGGUUGAAGAUGCCGGAAAAUAUUACUGUCUGGUUAAUAAUAAAGAAGAAUCUCAGGAUAAAAUAAACCUAAACGUACAAGCUCCGACCGAACCUCCUUCUCGUCCUCUGGUGAUGUCCUUCACCUCCCGGACUGUCACGUUGUCCUGGACCAAGCCGAGACCAUCCCCUAGUGCACCGCAGGACGUCAAAGGAUACGUGAUUACAGUCAAUAUUAUCAUUGUAUUUGAAAGGAAAAUUAAUUUUAUUUCUAAGAUCCAAGCAGUGAACAGUGUUGGACGCUCUCUACCUAGCCGACCUUCCUACCCAACUAUAACUCUCAGAGAAAAACCGUCGGAUAAACCCCAAGUAACAGCAGCACACAAUACUUCAUCUACUACAGUCUACUUGGAGUGGACUCCACCCCCUCCCUUGUCUUUACAUGGGGAGUUUCAGGGCUACAUUAUAUCCUACCGUCCCCGGGAUACCAAACCAACCGAAGCAAAAGAAAUCAAUAUCCCAGAUCAUAAAAAGAAGAGUUACACAAUCGAGGGUCUCUCCGUGUUCACCCAGUACCUGGUGUCCAUCAAGGUUUAUAAUCCUGAAGGAGCUGGACCUGAAACCAUUGUGGUUGUUAUGACAGACGAAGGAGCUCCGUCUGUACCUCGUGAGAUGAAGAUAUUAAAGGUUACAGAUACUAGUAUUCAGAUCUCAUGGUGGGAACCUGCCAGACAGAACGGAAUACUCCAGGGUUACCGAGUUUACUUCCGGUCUGGGAAUCUAACGAGUGUACAGUCUGUAGCAGACAACAGAUCUGCAGUUUCAGAAACUCUGAAAAAUCUGAAGCCGUACACCCGGUAUGAUGUGUGGGUGAGAGCUUUUACUGCCAAGCACGAGGGCAAACAGACGGAGAUUUCAACGGUCUGGACGGAUGUGAGACCACCAGGACCACCGGAAAUAGUAUCCCUCACGUGUCAAUCUGGGAACACAAUGUUUGUGAAGUGGAUUCGUCCAAAACUUUUCUUCCGAACCGUUGAUGUUUACUAUGUGAUGUACCGAGGGCGUGUCCAUGAAGGUGUACAGGGCGGAGUUGUCCAGGAGGAGGAGCAGUGGGAAGAGCAGAUUGUGGAGACCGUCAACAAUACCAUCAACCACAUGAUGUACUUGAACAACCUGACCACAAACCUGGCAUAUGAGGUGAAGGUUAAAGCUGGAACUAGAUCUCACAUAGGGUCUGGAGAACUACAUCUGGGGGACUGGUCUCCUGUUAGUGCAGUCUAUCUACAACCUGGAUGCGAGACUAUGAAGGAUUUUGUUCCAACCCGAACUGAGGAUAAGAUAAUAGUUCUUAACCUGGAGGAACAUCUCGGGAUGAUUGCAGGGAUUAUAUGCGGAGCUCUGGGCUUGCUUCUCAUCAUUUUUGCAAUUCUGAUUUGCAGACGAUACAACCAGGAUUCAUUCUACUAUGAGAACGAGAAGUUCUACAGUCCUCCUCCAGGAGCAGUAGAAGCUGGUGGAUGGGAUCUAGGACAUGGAGAAGAUUCUAACCAUGCAAUACCAGUUCAUCUCUUCCCCAAGCAUGUUACAGAUCUUCAUAUGAAUCAGGAGGUUGGAUUCUCUAAAGAGUAUGAGGAGAUUCGAGCAGCAAGUUGUCUGGACGAGUUUGCGGCAACAGAAGCACAAAAACCAGAUAACCUAGAAAAGAAUCGAUACCCAAAUAUCAUUGCAUUUGAUCAUACCCGUGUUCGUCUGAGAACUCUAGGAAGAGAUGGAAAGGUCAAGGAGAAGAAUGAAUAUCUGAAUGCUAACUAUGUAGACGGAUUUAGGAAACCCAGAGCAUAUAUUGCAACUCAAGGUCCCCUGGAAAGUACAACUGAUCUAUUCUGGAGUAUGAUUUAUGAGCAGAAUAUCUCUAUUAUUGUUAUGAUUACUCACCUCUUUGAAGGGGGCAAGGUAAAGUGUGACAUGUACUGGCCGGAGGAAGGUGAGGGAGACUACGGAGACCUAGCGGUCAGACUAGAGAGAGAAGAUGUACUUGCCUUCUAUACACUUAGGACAUUCACCCUGCGAAGUAAACUAAGCCAAGGGAAGAAGAAUAAGGGAGAAAAGAAGACUCGAACCGUGUACCAGUAUCAUUACACGGCCUGGCCUGAUCACGGGGUUCCUCUUCAUGCUUUACCUCUCAUCACCUUCGUUAGAAACUCAGCAGCUGCAAAUACGGAUAAUACAGCUCCUAUAGUUGUACACUGCAGUGCCGGCGUUGGAAGAACCGGUUGCUACAUAGUAAUUCACUCAAUGCUUCAGCAAAUCCUUGCCAGGGGGGAUCUAGAUAUAUUCUCCUUCCUUCAGCAUAUCAGGGGUCAGCGCAAUGGUUUAGUUCAGACUGAAGAGCAGUAUACAUUCAUCCAUGACGCCCUUGUAGAGGCAAUAGAGGCGGGAGAAACUCAUAUUACAAAGUCUUGUCUUCCAAAGUACAUCCACAGUCUGCAGUGUAUAGAUGUGACUGAUGAGAAACAGCUACCGCACAAAGUUAUAGAAAAACAGUAUAAGUUGGUGUGUGCCUACCAUGCUGGGAAGAGUCAGUACUCCACAGCUCUCAAGAUCUGUAAUCAAUCCAAGAAUCGAUCUCCAGAUCUUCUUCCCACUGACAGUCAUAGAGUAUUCCUAAGCCCCGGUUCUCCACAUGAAGGAUCAGAUUAUAUAAAUGCAUCUUGGCUUACAGGAUUCUACAACAGGAAAGGAUAUAUUGUAAGCCAGCAUCCUCUGGAUAAUACUGUUUCUGCCCUCUGGCAGCUGGUCUCCGAGCAGGAUAUCCUCGUCAUGGUUGUCCUCACUAACCUCGACAACGAGGACUACCGUCCCUUCUGGCCAACCUCCUACGGGUCGGAGAUGAUGUGGGACUCCGGGUAUAGUCAGUAUACUGUCUCACUCCUGGAGAUAGAUGAUUUCAGUCCAAGAACCAUUCGGCUUAGAUUAGAGACUGGAGGUGUGGUGAGGGAGGUUUGUUGCAUCGAGGUCAGCAACUGGCCGGCCCAGUGCUCUCCCCUCUCAACCGUAUUUGACCUCGUCAAGUUAGUAGACGAGGAGGCUUUGAGGAUGGGUGGAGGUUUGAGGGAUAACCCUAUACUAGUUAUAGACAGAAAUGGAGGAAGCCAGGCAGGAACAUUCUGUAGCCUAAUGUCUCUAUGGCAGCAGCUUGAGUUUGAAGGAUGUGUUGAUGUAUUCCAGCUUGCUAGAUUAUACCAUUAUAGUAGACCGGGCAUAUGGAGGUCUCAGGAGGACUACUUGUUCAUGUACUGUGCUCUGGAAGCGUACAUAACCAACAACGGUACAACAAUCCCUAGUCCAGUAGAUCUAGAUGGAUGGAGGAACGGAUACCAGCUUAAUGGUUGCGUAAGGGUCAGUAAGGUUUAUACAGACAGCGUCGAAGAGAGAGUAACCAAGGUGUGGGAGGGAGUGGGGAUGACGGAUAGUUUACGGAUUCCCCCUGAUGGCCAGGAAUCAGCUGCGCUUCUCAGGAACCUCGAGGAUGGGCUCAGCUGAGGACUAGCAACUCUCAGAAGAGAGACUAAACUUUAGACAUUGUUCUUCAAACCCCAUCCUGCAAUUUAUACUCAAACAUUAAAUGAGGAUUUUGAAUCUGCCAUGCACAAUUUUAGCUUAGACGUGUUUAAGCAAGUGAAACUCAGAAAUCAGUGAGCAAAAAUAUGUGAAAAAACUUAAUUAUCAAAACGGAAAUUCAACUUAUAGUCGAGUCAAGAUUCAGUAUAAUCAGUAUAAUUUGUCAAUAAGAAUACAGAACAAAUAAAGUUAAAUAAAUAAAAGAAAAGAC